GAUUGGCCAAUCUAUUGUCUGCCGGUUGAAGGGGGUGGAAACCGGUAGUUAUCACAGUUGUAGAAGUCGGAACCGUUUCUGAGUCAAACCCGUGCUUCGGUCCAGGACGUCCUUCCUCUUCUUACCUGUGUCGUUGACGUUUUCACUAACCAAGGCUCAAGAUGUCUCCCAAGAUCAAGGCCGGCUCUGUGGUGGAGAUGCAGGGAGAUGAAAUGACCCGCGUCAUCUGGGAGCUGAUCAAGGAGAAACUGGUCUUCCCGUACCUGGAGCUCGACCUGCACAGCUACGACCUCGGUAUGGAGAACCGAGAUGCAACCAACGACCGGGUGACGGUGGAGGCAGCGGAGGCAGUCCGCCGUUACAACGUUGGCAUCAAGUGCGCCACCAUCACGCCCGAUGAGAAGCGGGUGGAGGAGUUCAAGCUGAAGCAGAUGUGGCGCUCGCCCAACGGCACCAUCCGGAACAUCCUGGGCGGCACCGUGUUCAGAGAGGCCAUCAUCUGCAGGAACAUCCCCCGCCUGGUGCCCGGCUGGGUCAAACCCAUCAUCAUUGGCAGGCACGCGCAUGGAGACCAGUACAAAGCCACAGACUUUGUGGUGCCUGGGCCGGGACGAGUGGAGAUGACGUACACGCCUAGCAGUGGAGAGCCAGUUAAAUACCUCGUGCACGAGUUUGAGGGUACAGGUGGCGUAAGCUUGGGCAUGUACAACACAGACAAAUCCAUUAGGGACUUCGCUCACAGCUCCUUCCAGAUGGGUCUGUCCAAAGCCUGGCCUCUCUACCUCAGCACCAAGAACACCAUUCUGAAGAAGUACGACGGUCGCUUUAAAGACAUCUUCCAGGAGAUCUACGAGAAGGAGUACCGCGCCCAGUAUGAGGCCAAAGGCAUCUGGUACGAGCACCGUCUGAUAGAUGACAUGGUGGCCCAGGCCAUGAAGUCAGAGGGGGGCUUCAUCUGGGCCUGCAAGAACUACGACGGAGACGUGCAGUCUGACUCUGUGGCACAAGGCUACGGCUCUCUGGGCAUGAUGACCAGCGUGCUGAUCUGUCCCGAUGGGCGCACGGUGGAGUCUGAGGCGGCCCAUGGUACAGUGACCCGCCACUACAGGCAGCACCAGAAGGGACAGGAGACCUCCACCAACCCCAUAGCCUCCAUCUUCGCGUGGACGCGUGGCCUGCUCCACCGGGCAACGCUGGACAACAAUGCAGAGCUGAGGGUGUUUUCAGAGGCGCUGGAGGCUGUUUGCAUCGAGACCAUCGAGGCUGGUUUCAUGACCAAGGAUCUGGCCAUCUGCAUCAAGGGACUGGCAAAUGUGACUCGUGCCGACUACUUGAACACCUUUGAAUUCCUGGACAAGCUGGCAGAGAACCUGAGGAUUAAGCUAUCGAGCCACCCCAAACUGUGACGUCGGCCUCUGCUCAACACAAACGCACACACUGAGACACACAUGGAGCUGAGAGCUGAGCACGCAGCAUCACUCCCGCCUGCAGCCACCACCUCUCUGCAGCUUCCGCUCCAUUUGACGGACUGAUUGUUUUACCCUAACGCACUCGCUCCUGUGAUCUGUGGCAGGGGACAGGAUCCGCCAGAGGAAGCCUUCAGUCCUCCAGAUUCUGGUCAUUCCCUUCAUGUUGUUUCUGUGCCAGCAGCAGCAGCAGCAGCAGCCACGCGGUGGUAGAGAGGCCACACACCAACUUGGAAAAGGUUCUGGCUCACUGAUAAACUAACAGCAUUAAAACCACGAUCGGCUGCUUUUAAGCUCUGUUCUUAUUGACAGUGCGACUGUUGGAGAACUGAUUUAUUCCAAAGUCCUUCUUGUGUGUGUGGUAACAUACAGUAUCUUGUCAAAAGCGUCAAACACCUGCUGUGUCUGUACUGAGCUUCACUUUCUACAUUCCUUUGAUUAAAAGGCUUUUUGAAGGAU